UUCAAGCUUUGAAAGUUGAAACCCAGGAGAACUCCAUAAUCAAAACCGAAGAAAUUGGUAACCUGUUUCACCUUCCACCCUGUUCAACGGCAGAGUAGCAUAUACUUAUCGCAUCUUAUUCACAGUGGAGACCCAGAAACUCGAGGCUUUGUUUUGUAUCCUUUCUUCAAUUUUGAUUCUUUUGGGUGGAGUUUUUGAGAAGAUGAUAAAACGGUGGUGGGUUUCAGCUUUCCAAUUGGCCGAGCUGUUUGUUAGCUUAAUGGUUCAUCUUUUAUAUGGGCUCUACGUAUAUAGCACCGCCGUUGCCGUGGACCUCCCACAGGCUCUGAGUGACCGGAUUUUCAAGGCUAAUGCAAUCUCAGAGGUGAAAAAACAAGAUCCCUCUACGACCAACGUUGAUGAUCUGCCUCCUAUUGUUUUGAUUCAUGGCAUUUUUGGAUUUGGCGAAGGAAAACUUGGAGGUUUUUCGUAUUUUGGAGGGGCUGAAAAGAAAGAUGAGAGGGUUCUUGUGCCUGAUUUGGGGUCUCUCACAAGCAUAUAUGAUAGGGCUCGUGAAUUGUUCUAUUAUCUGAAAGGUGGGAGUGUUGACUAUGGUGAAGAACAUAGCAAGGCUUGUGGCCACUCUCAGUUCGGACGAUUUUAUGAACAAGGGCAUUACCCAGAAUGGGAUGAAGAUCACCCUAUUCACAUCGUUGGCCAUUCAGCAGGCGCUCAGGUUGCACGGGUAUUGCAGCAGAUGCUUGCUGAUAAAGCAUUCAAGGAUCAUGAGAAUACUUCUGAGAAUUGGGUGUUAAGCAUAACAGCCUUAUCCGGUGCCUUCAAUGGGACUACAAGAACUUAUCUAGAUGGCAUGCUGCCUGAAGAUGGGAGAAAUUUGAGACGAAUAUGUGUGAUGCAGUUUUGCCGGAUAGGAGUUGUAAUAUAUGAUUGGUUGGAUAUCCCCUUGCUAAAGACCUACUACAAUUUCGGGUUCGAUCACUUUAACUUGUCAUGGAGGAAAGUAGGUCUAUGGGGUCUUGUUGAUUGUCUCUUGGGGAAUGCAGGGCCAUGGGCUACCGGAGAUUGGAUCCUCCCCGAUCUUACGAUUCAAGGAUCCAUGAAGCUAAACCGUGAUCUGCAAACCUUUCCGAACACGUUCUAUUUCAGCUAUGCCACGAAGCGUACAAGGAAGUUCCUUGGUUUCACAGUUCCUUCCGGCGUUCUUGGUAUACACCCUAUUCUUUUUAUGCGAGUUCUACAGAUGAGCCUGUAUCAUCAUCCUCUCGACGUUCCUCCGCCAUAUAAAGGCUACCGGGACGAGUAUUGGCUGGAGAACGAUGGAGCUCUGAAUACGAUAUCCAUGACUCACCCUCGUCUCCCUGUCGAACACCCAAGCUGUCCCGUUACAAAUGAUUCGGAGUGCCAAACUUUGCAGCCGGGCAUAUGGUAUUACAAGAUAGUAGAGGGAGAUCACCUGUUAUUCAUAUUGAGUAGAGAGAGAGGAGGCGUUCAAUUCGACGUUGUGUACGACGGCAUUUUUAAACGUUGCAGAAAACAUGUUUUUAAGAAGACGACACAAACCAUACCCAAUCAAGUAACCAUGAAUUGAAUUAAGCCGCAUUCUUCACGUGUGCCAGCUUUGUUCAGUUUCAUGUCUUUUAGGGACAAAACCUUUUAUUUCUCGUGUGAAAGGAGAAAUGGACUUCUACCAAACUUGAUUCUAUUUGCUAUGUCCUCUUACAUCAGAAUCAACCCUUUUAUCUUAA